AUGGGCCUCUUCGGCAGCAGCAGCGGCAAGGGCAAGGGCAAGGGCACCCCCGGUGCCUCGUCCUCCCAUGCUCCUCCUCCCCCUCCUCCUCCGGCGCCGGCGCGUUUCCGCCCAGGUCGUCAACGUCUGCACAUCCCGGUGCACGAAGCGCGGUGGCACUGGGGGUACAGGCAGCCGCAGCCCUACCCCGACGUCAUGUUGCCGCACCACUGGCACCUGGAUCCGCACCAGAUCCCGGUGUCGGCGGUUCCGCGGACCCAGCGGGCGCACGACGAGAAGGUGCGCAGGCGCCGCGCGCAGCUCACACCGGAGCAGCAGCGGAUGCCUGAGUACGCCGCCGACUCUCCCAACUGGGAGGCUUGGUUUGCCUUUGAACACGAGGAGCAACGGCGUGUAGGCGUCGACGCCGCCCCGCCGCCGUUUCCACCGCCGCCCCCGCGGGUAGAGCCGGAGGAAAUGGAGGCGGAGGUGGAGUACCAAGCCGCCCUUGAGGAGGCCCUGCAGCACGCGCUGGAGGCUAGCCGGCUCGAGGAGGACGCGCACUGGGAUGGACUGGAGCAAGCCCUUUCCUUAUCGGCGGCAGGGGACUGCGUCCACACCCCGCUCUUCGUCCCGCCUCCGCCACCGCCGCCGCCCGUCGAGCCCAAAUCGGAGCCGGAGCCGGAGCCGACGCGGAAGCGUUCCCCGCCUCCACCCACUUCGCCGGAGGAGGCCUACACAUGGACGGGCCAGUACCGCGAGUGGGUGAGCGCGCCUACUGUCCACUACGCCGCGAUGCCGGCGCAGGAGGCGGCCCACCUUGAGCGUUGGAAGGUGCACUGGCUCCACCAGGAGGAGGCCGACGGCGAGCGGCAGAUACGCUACGAGCAGAUGCUGCAACGCGACGCGGAGGCGCUCCGGCUUGAGGAGGAGGAGGAGGAGCGCGCGUGGCGAGCUGCAAUGCCGCCGCCCCAACAGUCGCGAAAGGUGGCUGCCCUGGCAGCGUACCAGGCGGUGUUCGGGUGGGCUGGCCCUGCUCCCGUCUUCAUCGACCUCACCGGCGGCGAUGGCGGUGGUGACGUCGACGACAAGGGCAGGGGCAAGGCCGGCGACAUCUAG